AUGGAGAAAGAGAUAAAAGUAGAGAUUGUUGAGAGGAAGGGGAAGUUGACACUGGUCUUGGCUUUAGCUUCUUUGAUCUCUGCAUUUGGUUCAUCUUUUCAAUACGGCUACAAUGUUGCUGUAAUAAACUCACCUGCCCCGGACAUGCAGAUGUUCUACACCCAAAUAUACGAGGAUCGGUACGGUCCAAUUACAGACAAUUUUCUGACGCUCCUGUGGUCCGUAACCGUCUCCAUGUACCCACUCGGUGGGUUUUUUGGAUCUCUCAUGGUGGCGCCACUGGUGAACAAAUUAGGACGAAAAGGCACACUUCUGUUCAACAACAUCUUCUCUAUCGUUCCUGCUGUAAUGAUGGGUGUGAGUGAAGUGGUGAGGUCUUUUGAAAUCAUCAUUGUGGCACGCUUUCUAGUGGGCAUCUGUGCAGGCCUAUCCUCUAAUGUAGUCCCCAUGUAUUUGGGCGAGCUCUCACCCAAGAAUUUCAGGGGUGCCAUUGGGAUCGUGCCUCAGCUCUUCAUCACUAUUGGCAUCCUGACUGCCCAGGUGUUUGGCAUUCGCAGUAUCCUGGGUAACAAAGAAGGCUGGACCAUCAUGUUGGGUCUCACGGGGAUUCCAGCUGUCAUUGAACUGCUGCUUCUGCCCUUCUUCCCAGAGAGUCCACGCUAUAUGCUCAUACAGAAGGGGGAUGAAAAAACUGCCAGGAAAGCGCUGCAGCGGCUGCGGGGUUGGGAGGAUGUGGAUGAGGAACUGUGUGAGAUGCACGUUGAGGAUCAGUCGGAGCGAGCAGAAGGCCGGCUGUCUGUGCUCAACCUCCUCACCUUCCGCUCACUGCGCUGGCAGCUGCUGUCUAUCGUCAUCAUGAACAUGGGUCAACAGUUGUCAGGCGUCAAUGCCAUAUAUUACUAUGCUGACAGCAUCUAUAGCUCAGCAGGAGUGAGGGAAGAUCACGUUCAGUAUGUGACGGUCGGAACAGGAGCUGUGAAUGUUUUCAUGACAGUUGCAGCUGUGUUUAUUGUGGAGAAAUCGGGCAGAAAGCUGUUGCUACUGAUUGGUUUUGGCAUAUGCUGUGCAGCCUGUGUACUUCUGACCAUAGCUCUUCACUUUCAGACAAAACUAGAUUGGAUGCCUUAUGUCAGCAUCAUUUGUGUCAUUACUUACGUCAUCGGACAUGCUAUUGGCCCAAGUCCUAUUCCUUAUGUAAUCACCACUGAGAUGUUCCGGCAGUCAUCUAGACCACCGGCUUUCAUGGUGGCUGGCUCCGUUCACUGGCUUUCAAACUUCACAGUUGGCCUGGUCUUUCCCUUUCUAGAGAGGGGUCUGGGUGAAUACAGCUUCAUCAUUUUUGCCUGCAUCUGUCUUGCCACAUUUAUCUACAUUUGGUUGGUCAUCCCAGAAACCAAAAACAAGACCUUCCUGGAGAUCAGCAAGCUUUUUGCUCAGAGAAACAAGGUGGAGACUGUAGUGGGGGCUGGAGAUUCAGAAAUUGGAGCGGAAAGCAAUGAACGUGAAACUAAUAGCACAUUCCUCUGA